AGAAGCUGAAGGACAUGCCCAAGGACUUGAGUUUCAAGUUUGCUAAGGACCCGAAACAUGCCCACCUGAACAGGAACCUCGACAUUUUGCCAGCGGACAGCAGGAAGGUUCUCCUGAAGAGUUUGGAGCACGUCUCAACGACCGAGUACGUCAACGUGGCCAGAGUCAACGGUUUGGACUGUAAGGAUGCAUAUAUGGUUGGUGAACACCCUCAGCCACACACUGUUCAGGACCUGUGGCGCCUGGUGUAUGAGAAAAGAGUUCCUGUAUGGACCUUGCUGCACACCCUGCCACUGCACCUCCUGAACUACCCUGGUGUGGUGCCGAGCGAGGAGCCACAGACCGUCGGCUACUUGGUGAUCCAACUGACAGGUAGUCAAGUCUUCAAUUACUUCACCGAGUACUACGUUGAGAUUACCGCUCCCAAGUUGUCUUCCUCGGGAUGCCACAAGUGCGUGCUGUUGGUGAUGGAGGGUUGGCCUCACUCUGACCUCCUGCCGGCCUCCCCUGAGCCUCUCCUGGCCGUCUUGGAGAGGGUAGAGGCCAUCAGCAAAGUCAAGAACUCCAGUCUCUUCACCUGCAAGGACGGAGUGACGGGGUGCGGGGUGAUGAUGGCUCUGCUGCAGCUGGUGGCGAGGAUGAAGCUGGUGCAGGAGGUUAACGUCUACCGCUCCGUCCUCAGCAUCGUCUACGACAGACCUCAGUUCAUCACCAGCGUCGUAAGUUAUGCUCCUCUUCCAUCUUCUCAAGACGUGUCUAGUAGUGAAGACUUCGCUAUCCUGCACCUCAUUAUGCUCCUCUUCCAUCUUCUCAAGUCGUGUGUUUGUUAG